UCGAGAUCAUAGGGUGGAGUUCAGAGGCUUGCCGAAAGCUCACGGUCCCUUCGUCCUGGGACACUGGCCGGCUUUCUCAAAUGCAGUCCGCGUCGCGACGUGUGGUGUUAGUAGGGUUGUGAAGCGCUUCACUGGUUCGCGAAGUUCCCGUUCGUCAUGGUCACACCUUGGCUGAUGUGUGGUUGUACUAGACACCGUCGCAGCUCCACCUCUGUCCAAACUCCACGCGUACUUCCUUGGCACGCAGCGAUGUGAAGGGUCUGAAACCUUGGCUCGUUAUGAUGAUGCUCUGUUGCCGCGCACCAGCUCGCCUUGAUGCGCGUCGCGCUCUUGUCUACCCGUUACGAGCACGACGCACAGCGCUUUCGUUCUAGGUGUUGGAGGACGACUCAAGCGCUCCCAUACUACAGGGAACAUGUCUCGUUCCCCAUUUCACCUCUACGUCCGGCUAUAAAGGCUAGCUCCACCUCCGCAUGGGCCCCCUCGGCGGGAUAUUUACCUCUUCGACGCGCCGCCGCCUCGCUCACUACAUACCCCACGUUCGUUCACGCCAUCGCACUGCUCUCGGGUAGAGUCACCUUUCCACACACGCAUACUCAGCAUCGUUAUGAUUGUCAACGCCGCCUUCGCCCUCUCUCUUUUGAGUGCUACCUACGCCUUCACCGUCGGCAGGCGCGAUGAUUCGCCCGCCGACGCUGACCUUCUCGCCUCGUGCCCUGGUGGCCCCGGAUCCAAAGCAGUAGAGAAGGCGGACAAGUGUACCUUGGUCAACAUCGUCAACAACCCUGACAUCCGCGUGUGGAAGCCCCUCGGCGACCCGCAGCUCAACUGCGGAGGCGGCACCGAGGACAUCACCGUCACCCUCGGUGGCUCGACGACCGUGACGCAGACGACGGAGGUGAACGCCAACCUCGGUGUGAACGUCGAGGGCAUCACCAUCGGCGGCGGCGUGUCUACUUCGUCUUCGUCCUCCUCGACGGAGUCCCAGUCCGUCCAGUUCAGCAUCCCGCCCGGCAAGCAGGCUGUUUAUGUCGCCGGGGUCGAGCACUCGUCUCAGACGGGUAACGUCCAGGUCAACUACGGCGACCGCCAAUUCGGCCACUUCAUCUGGUUCACUGGCGCAACUGUCACGCAGCUGACCCCUAAGCCCGACGAUGUCGAGUUCAACGUCCUUCAGACAGAUUGUGGCACGGACCCGCGCGACGUCAGCAGUCUCCCUCAGUGAAAGCCUCGACUCCCGACAUGCCCUCGCCUAUAAUAUAUGCGGGGACUCGUCACGAUGAGGCUUACGUACCUAGCGCGUAUAGCCCUCUGUUCCGGCACAUACCCUUAGUACCAUCACUGUAAUCAGUCUGCUAUUUAUCGCCGAACUAAAUCAAUGAAACUGCGUUUGAAGAGGUAUCGUUCUAGAC